AGCGUCGCGUAUCUUUUCGUGCGAGUCGGUAUCGGAAUCGGGGAAUGGCAGCGGCAACGACUACGACUACGGGCACUCGCAUCGCUCUGUGGAAUCGUUGCCAGAGAGGCAUUCGAUACGAAAACGACUCGCUUAACGCAUCCGUAUGCGGCUAAUUCGCUAGCAAACACAGAUACAGUAUCCCCGCACAUCCAAUAAGACAACAAAAACUCUCAUAAGCGGAGUCCCUGCUACUGCCCAUAUGCAGAUACCGAUACAAGUGCAAAUACAGAUACAGAUACCAGUACGGGUACGAGCACGAGGACAGGUCCAGGCACAGACACAGACACUACCAAAGCUGGCGAUUGUCGUGCUCCACUUGUGCCCAUUGUUGCCGCUCUCCGGCUGUCACCGUAACUCACAAUUGAAUUGUUCCUUUGUUCUGUCCGCAUCCGCAUUAGCAUCCGCACCAGCAACAGCAACAGCACCAGCACCAGAGCAGCACCAGCACCAGAACCGCCGCCAUACGAUCCUGAUCAGAGAUUCAGCAGAUCAAUCCAUAGGCACAGCUCCAGCUCCAGCUCCAGCUCCAACAGCAACUCCAACUUCGACUCCCGCUCCGGGUUGAACUGACCGAGAGACCUGCCUGCUCCCGAAUUUCGCAUAAUUGGCUAAAAGUCACUUGCCGACGUUCGUUGCUUUUCUUUGAAGUUGGCCGCCAGACGGAGCGUCGCCAGAGCCAGGUCAGAGCUACGACACCGCUGCUUCAAGGGAGAGGGAGAGAACAAAAGACAGCUCCUCCAUCAUGCUGGUGCCGCCGGAUAUGUUGGUCGCACAGACGCGCAUGAUCUACCAGAUGAAUCGCUACUGUGCCGAGCGUGUCCAGGCCCGCAUGUUCAAGACCUCGACAGCCAUACGGGAGAUCUGCAAGAUUGUCCAGGAUAUACUCAAGGAGGUGGAGCUGCAGGAGCCGCGCUUCAUCUCGAGUCUCGUCGAGUGUAAUGGCAGGUUCGAGGGCGUUGAGGUCAUCUCGCCGAAUGAGUUUGAAAUUGUGCUGUUCCUCAACCAGAUGGGCGUCUUCAACUUUGUGGACGACGGCACCCUGCCCGGCUGUGCGGUGCUGAAGCUAAGCGAUGGCCGCAAGCGCUCCAUGUCGCUGUGGGUGGAGUUCAUCACGGCCUCCGGGUAUCUAUCGUCGCGGAAGAUCCGCUCCCGAUUCCAGACGCUGGUGGCGCAGGCCUGCGACAAGAGCAUGUACCGGGACAUGGUCAAGAUCAUUGGCGACACCACGGAGGUGAAACUGAGGAUCAGGGAGCGCUAUGUGGUGCAGAUCACGCCGGCGUUCAAGUGCUCCGGUAUCUGGCCACGCUCGGCGGCCCACUGGCCCAUGCCGCACAUCCCCUGGCCGCAUCCGAAUAUCGUGGCCGAGGUGAAGACGGAGGGAUUCGAUCUGCUCUCCAAGGACAGUGCCGCCAUGCAGAACAAGAACAACAAUGCGGCCAGCAUGGAGGGGGAUGCCUGGGUGCUGAGCUUCUACGAGGCCGAGAACCGUCUGCUGCAAGGUGGCUGCCGCCGCCGCUGCCUGAGCAUUUUGAAGACGCUGCGUGACCGGCACUUGGAGCUACCCGGCAGCCCGAUCAGCGCCUAUCACCUGAAAAAUCUGCUCCUCUACGAGUGCGAGAAGCAUCCGCGGGACUACGAGUGGGACGAGAGCUGCAUUGCCGACCGCAUCAAUGGCAUCUUCCUGCAGCUGAUCUCCUGUCUGCAAUACCGCCGAUGUCCCCAUUACUUUCUGCCCAGCCUGGACAUGUUCAAGGGCAAGUCGCCCAGUGCCCUGGAGCAGGCGGCCAAGCAGGUCUGGCGCUUGACCAGAGAGAUGCUGACCAAUGCCAAUGCCUUUGAGAAGUUGUAAAUGGGUGUUCAGGCAGCCAGGCAGGCAGGCCGGCAGGCAGGCAGGGUCUCAGGUCUCCGAGUCUGGUGUCGUGUGAGUGCUCGAGUCAGUGUGCGAGUGAGUGUCGUCGAGUGGGUACUCGGUAAAGGUGCUAAAUUUUCAUUGUCGCUGCGAUUGCAGUGCCGAGAUGAUCUGAGAUAAGGCCUACAGUGAGAGCUGCCUCCCUCCAUCCCAAUUCCAAUUCCAAUCCACAUCCCAUCCCAUCCCAUUCGCGGCUGCCAUUUUGUAUCUGUGCCAUGAGUGUAUCUGUAUCUGCAUCUGUAUCUGUAUCUGUAUGUGUGUGUGUGUGUGUGUGCGUCGAAGGCGAAGUGUUAAUGCAGAGAUGCGAGAUAAGUCCACUCCCCAUUCGACUCCUUGCCAUUGCCAGUGCCCAUCCAGGCAUGCCCGGCUUAGCCUGCGAAUAUUGUUUUUAAUAACUCGAACAUCCUUUGUUCCCCGUCUGGCUUUCCGUCUGUCCACCCGGGUAGGCAAACAAUGUGGCUGGCAAAAGGAACAUUUGGCCAGGCGGCUCCUUUUACAGCGCAUCAGCACAACGGAACGGAGUGCGGAGUGCGGAGUGUGUGUGCAGAGGUGUGUGAGGAGUACUCAAUGAAGUAUACGAUUGUUCUUCUUUAGUAUGCCGAUCAUAGAUCAAAGCAAUCCAGCAUAAAUAUCAAACAACAACAAAACAACGGAAGAAACUGAAGAUGAGGAUAGAGAGUUCCACAUCCAUUGAUCGUUCCAAGUUCAACUUAACAUUGUUCUAUUCUCCUAUUCCUACCAUGUCUAUAUCUAUACGGAUUCGUCCAACGCAUAACACUUAUAAAGAUUAUCCACAGUUUAAUAUAUAGUAAUACAUAGAUUGCUUA